AUGGAAAACGAACUGCAUAGUUACGAAGAGACAAUUGCUAAAUCAUCGAAUUCAUCUUCACCGACAUUCAAUUCAUGUUGGUUUGCUUACUCAUCUUUAUUCAAUUCCGUUCGUCCGACAACACCUAAAGUUCGACAUAAUUUUAAAAGUAUUGAUGAACUUCUUUCUCCGUUGAAAACGAACGAUGAAACCGGAUAUAAUUCACAACUAUCAAGUGCAUUUCGAAGUCAAAAUAAUGGCGACGAAAAUGAAAAACCAACGAAAUCUUCCCGAUCACAGAAUAAAUCCAAAACCAUUCGUACGGCAUUUACAGAUGAGCAACGGGAAUAUCUUGAUCGUUUCUAUUCCACAAAUCGUUAUCCUGAUCCAUCACAAAUUGAAACCCUAUCACAAUUGUUAUCACUCGAUGAAAAAGUGGUUCGUGUAUGGUUUCAAAAUAAGCGAUCACGAGAGAAAAGUCAUCCACGAAAUUCAACUAUGAUGAACACUAUGUAG